UGAUUUUUGUGGAGAUUAUAUAAUAAAUUUAAAGUUCUUAUUCACUAGUAAGUACCUACACCCGCAAUUUAGAUAAAAUACUUGAUUAAUGAAAAUCUAUAGUGCACAUAACAUUGACCUCAUUUACAAACUACUGUUCUAGUUACGACCUCAGAACGGCCACUUGAAACACUGUCGAAAUUGUCGAUGGCUGUAACGAUGGAACUAGAAGAGAGCGCUUCAGACUCCAAGCUCCAUAAGGAAAGCUUGGCAAAGAAAGAGUUCAGGCCCUCUAGCGCUGUGUCCGUGUCCAAGUCGGAACAUGGAACAGCCGAUACAACAUCUUCAGUAGAACAGUUAAGACAGUACAGGAGUUGGGUGAGUAACGAAAGAUGGAAUGAACUCAAAAAGAUCGCAGAUACGGCAAUGAGGGAACGGAAAGUGUUCAUGAUAAAAGGGGGAGGUUUUCCUGCGGUUCGCCGGGCGCUGUUGGAAAGAGGUUGGAUCGAAAAAUAUGAGUCACACAAGGUCAGACACCCCCCUGCAAUUGUAGAUCCAAAAAGAGUUUCAGGAAAAGAGCUUUCGAAAGUUGAAAGGAUGAUCCUUUACAAGUUCAUGGAACAUCACUCUGUCGAUUUUCUUUGGACGACUAAAAGAGAUAAAUAUGAUUGGCUGCUUAGCAAUAAAGAAGUUGUUAUAAGCAGAUUUUGCAGAUCCGUUUUUACCACAAAAGAAGGCUUGACUACCUCCCUUAUUCAAAUGCAUUGGCACACCGAACCAGGAGUAGCGAUAACGAAAUUUCCUAGAUGCUAUAAUAUUUAUAAUUCCGAUAGCCUGGAAGAAUUCAUCGACGAUUUCAGACUAACUGCAUGUAUAAGUGUUCUUAAAUGGUUAUCAAAUUCGUUAAAAGGAACAGAGGAACAAGAACUCGUGAAUAUACAUGGAAAAGUUCCGUUUACAGCUAUUGAAUUCGCCAUAAGUAGAUUAAACGAAUAUAUUUCGUUCUAUACGCAUAAGGACAUUGACGAUAGCGAAGAUCAAACAGUACAUAUAUGGGAGCACGAAUGGGACCAAUUUUUAACUCACCAUUAUCUCUUGGUACAUGAAAACGCAAAGUUUUUGGAAGACCAAUGCACUAACAUAAGAAAUUUAGAAAGAAAAGCGUCUAAAGCAUUGGCUUCAAUGACCAAGUUCUGGCCACAGAUUGACAUCGAUGGUGUUUUCAAUAUUUGGAUCGUUAAGCCCGGAAAUAAGUGCCGCGGUAAAGGCAUACAACUUAUGAAUAAUAUAAAAGACAUUAUAGGGCUUAUAAAUAUUCCGGCACAAAAAACAAGAUACGUUGUACAAAAGUAUAUUGAAAAUCCACUAGUAAUUUACGACACCAAGUUCGAUAUACGUCAGUGGUUUCUAAUUACGAAUUCCCAACCGCUAACGAUAUGGGUGUACAAAGACAGCUAUUUGCGGUUUAGCUCUCAAAUAUUCAGCUUGUCUAACUACCAUGAAUCUGUGCACCUUACAAACAAUGCUGUUCAAACUAAAUACAAGAAUAACGGCGACCGCGACAAAGCACUGCCUGAUGAAAAUAUGUGGGACUGCCAUACUUUCAAAGCGUACCUUAGACAGAUAGGAAAGUAUGAAUUAUGGGACUCAAAAAUAUAUCCUGGGAUAAAGCAAUGCUUGGUCGGAGCUAUGCUAGCGUGUCAGGAGACAAUGGAUAAAAGACAAAACAGCUUCGAAUUGUACGGAGCUGACUUCAUGUUAACAGAUGAUUUUACACCAUGGCUGAUCGAGAUCAAUUCCAGUCCAGACUUGGCACCAACCACAUCUGUUACAGCUAGAUUAUGUCCACAAUGUUUAGAAGACGUAAUAAAAGUUGUUUUGGACAGACGAUUUAAUCCUGAAGCCGACACGGGAACUUUUGAAUUGGCAUACAGACAGUUUAUUCCAAAAGCCCCUGCAUAUCUUGGUUUAUCAUUAUGCAUUAAUGGCAAACGGCUUGUAAAAAAGUCGAAGGAACGAAAACACGAGCCAAGAAGCGUUACUCCAAUAGGACCUCCAGUUCAAUCCGGGGAUUCAGUUCCUGACCAGCCAGUCCCACCGGAAUACACUGGACCUAUUAUCACAGAUUUUCUUACUUGGUUAAAUCCAUACGAUUCACUGCCGAUGAACAAAGAUAACCUAGUUGUUGGUCCUAAGGAAUCACUUACGGUACGCCAAGCGGUUGCAGUGGUAAAAUCGGGUCAGUCGCUAAAAAAUAGUAACAAAAAGCGUAAAACAUCUGCGCUCUCUUUUAGGACACUUCGAGGCAGGCGCGAAAGAAACGCAGAAUUUAAGCGUCGAAUCGUGCCACACUCCUGUUGUCGUCCAGAAGACACCCAGUCCCUCAAUCAUGUUGGCAAGUACCGAACAGAGUCGGCUAGUAAAGCGGAGAAAUUUAGACCGAAGAUCGAUAGGUCGGUAGGCAAUAAACGAUGCUACAUUGAUCCAGUUGAGUGGGAGCGAGAAACUGCCAGUAUCCUCCGGUCUACAAUAUCCGUUCAGAAUAAAAUGUCGGCUAGAAACGAGCCAGCAGUUACAAACGUACGGCAAACAAAAUCUGGUAUUGUCCACUCCAAUAAUUAUAAGCCAUUGUUAGAACCGCUAAGCUCUCGCAGUUAUGUUGAUAGUGGAAAUACAAUUAAAAAACUAAGCGCUAUCGGCAAAAGUAUAUUAUAUUGUAAGUUAAACGACGAAAAUAGAGCAAAAAAGUCAAUUAGUUUUUCUAACAGUUGUACUUCAAUAACGCCGUACCGUAUUGCGAUAACUCCUUUAAAUGAUGAUUCGCAAAAUUUGUAUUCAAAGAACAAAACUAAAAACUAAUUAUUAUUGGUCU